GUUUUUUCGGCCUGCACUUGCGCCCGAAGUCCAUGAUGCUGUCAUGGGGUACUUCCGCCGACGGCAGGCGGCACCAUCCCCUCCUCAAUGCCCCGAUAUGAGCAUGACAUCAUUGCCAUUGGACUGGGAAGCCUUGGCGCAAUGGAUGCAUGACGAGUCGUCUGCCACUUCGGUCGCCUACCACGACAUCGACUGUGUGUGGACACUUGCCCACGCUCUCUAUGAAGCUGUAGAUACAUGUCCGGUCGAUGUUUCCAUCUUCCACGGCUUGACGCAUGCUUCGACCAUGCCGUUCCUCGCCGCUCAACAGAAUCAUGGCCACUUCUACGCCACGUUUACCAUCCUCGUCACGAUCUUAGAGAGGGCGUUAUACGACCUAUACGCAUUAUUACACGACGGUCCCAAAAGCAACAUGAUUCUACGAGACCUCCUGCAUUCACCGGAGCUUGAGCGCCGAUUGCCACCGGGGUAUAUGCACGUGCUACAUGUGUUGUUCCUCCCGUCUGGCCUAAACAUUCGCAAUCUCGUUUGGCAUGGCUUUCUCGCUCCUUUUGAACUCCCGCCCUGUCUCAACGCCCUUCUUUUCGCCCUCCUUGCUGAUCCUUGCCUGCAACACCCUUCUACUUCAGCGAAAUUGCUGCAGCAACUCCCUUCGAUGGAUUCAGAGUGGACGCGUACAGCGCUUAAUGGCUUCAAGCUCUCCGCUGGUAUUGUCUUGCCAGCUACCCCAACCAACUUGCACCCGGCUAUAGCACAUGUUAUGGUGGUCAAGAGUCGAUGGGGACUCAUUCGGCACGCGAUGGCGGCGUACACUGCCGGACAGUCGCUGAUGUGUUUAUUCGUUGCCAUCCCAGUGUUGGAACAUAUUCUUCGCUGUGAAUUCGUGUCGCAGAAUGCGCCGGCGGUCCCGUCGGGAAUGCAAAGUGCCCAAUUGAAGCAGUAUUAUUCGACUUUGGACGGGUUUGGCCAGCGCCACCAGCACCAAGUGUUGUUGGCAAGAGACUUGUUUACAUCGAACCACGAAGUCCAAGGAAGCGACUUAUUGACGAAUCGGCUGUACGAAACGCUGCCUCGCGGUGUCCUCGAAGUGUGUUUGGACCUGUUUAUGGCCGCCACAGGACCAAAUAUCCGAGCCAAGCUAUGCCACGGCGAGCUCUCGCUGGAUUCGCUAGUGUCGUCGCAGUGCUUGCCAUCUACAGACAUAAUUACCGACGAUAGCAUGACUUCGACGGAUAUUUGCGCCGGCUUGGUCAUGGCUGUGCUGCUGGAGAUAUUAUACCCCCACGAACAACCCGCCACUCGUUUUCAAGUGUCACUGGCAUCGUACGACUGCAUCUUUCACCCGUAUAAUGCACUCAAGCGAUCACUCGACACCAUCGAUGCUACACUUCAAGCAUGGGAUACGCUGCUGGCGUCGUUUGCGUAUACUACGUCACCGUCCGAAACAGUUGCUGGUCACAUCGAGUGGACAUGGACCGCACUCACUAGUGUUACGACUGCCCAUCCUACCGUACAAUUCACAGACAAAGCCCAUCGGAUGAUUCCAUCACAAUUGCCAACGUCUCCGUGGGAUAGCAAAACAAUGCAAUUCAACUCGAUCCCAGAUGGCCUAGUAAUAUUGAGCGGCUUUCUACAGACGUUGUCUAAAGCUCUGGCAACCAACCAUUGCCCCCGCUCCAGGUUCCUCGUGGGCCAAGAUUACUCUGCUUAUAGGGAGCCCCAUGGCGAUAACUUGGAACUUCCUCGGCUUAAUUUGGCGACUGUGCAUAACCUCCCUGCAGCGGCGUGUAUGCUGGCCAUUUUAGAAGCUUGUCGUACAUUGUUGGCGAAAUUCACGGCAAGACUACUAGCGUUGCAAGAUUUCGUCGUGCACGGCACAGCACGGACAAGCCAUCGCCGGUCGCUGGUCAAUUUGGUUCUUAUGGCGCCUAGCAUUACGCGCAUCAUCCGCCUCGCUGCGGCCAUUGUGGAGCAUCAAGUGAGCCAAGCCCAUCGACCCCAUCGAGAGAUUGCAUUGGACGGCGUAGCGGAAAAAUUGCUGCCUUUCGUGGUGGCGCUGGAUGACGACAAGAAGAGUAUCGACAAGCAAGUCGUCAUGGCUCUGCAGUUUUGGAACAGCAAGGCGGUUCGAGUGCCCAUAUGCAGAGAAUUCUCCUCGUAAAAACCUAUAAAUCUAUCUUAAUUGAAGAACCGA